UUGUGGAAUUUUGGAAACUGUUGAUCGAUUUGAGAACGUAUUCUGCCAUGAUGGAAAUUGUUUCUACAUAUUGAAUUUACAGAACCAGUCAUCUCUAGUGGAUGGUUUUGUCAGCGUAGAAACCAGUAUGCACGUACUGACGUGAGAUGGAUGUUUUGCUUGCCCGAUCGGCGCUGUCCACAGGGCAACGCAGCGCUGGAGCGAAAGUAGAACAGAAAAAGGAUGAUGGUGGUGGAUUUGCCGCUUUCUUGCGUCAAUUCUCCAGCUCAGCGCAUUUCAGUGCCUUCUUUCGUUUAAUUACAACUGCUGCCUCGACUGAGGCGGGAUGGAAGGAGUUCGACAUCCACGCACAGAGCCACUUUAUCAUUUUUCUGAAUGAUUGCUUCAACAGUCUGGAGAAUGACAUGAUCUGUGGGCACGUGCAACACCUUAUUGGUCUGCCAGUCUGGGAAUGCCUUCUACCGGAGCGACUUGAGGCUGAACUGAGACGGACUGGCCUAAAGAAGAAAUGGCUGCGCCUGCAGAAGCAAGAUGGCAAGAAAUCACCAGCCGAUCUAGCCGAGGCAAAGCGAUUACGGCAUGUGAUGAAGGGUAUGAUCGAGCGAUUCUUCAUCGUCUUGAAUGGUAUUUCUGGUGACCCCGAAGAGCUUGUUGACGUCAACAGCGUCCAUUAUUGCGAGCGCUUUCUAGACUUCAUCAAAGACAUUGAGUCCUUGCUACCUGCGCGUCGUUUCUUCAAUACCGUACUGGACGAUUCCCACUUUGUGGUCCGGUGUAUGCUCAGCGGUCUUGCACAGCGGUCAGAGAAGGAAGGCAAGCUGUUUACACAGCUUCUGGACAUGCUCAAGUUCUAUUCUCAUUUUGAGAUUAAUGACUUGACUGGUGAAGCUUACAGUGAUCAGGCCUUCUCAGAGCUACAUUACGAUCGCAUCACCUCUCUGCAGCGUGCAGCGUUCAAGCACUUUCCUGACUUGCAGGAGUUUGCCCUGGCCAAUGUUGCUUCCGUCGACACUAGAGAAACUCUCUUACAGUACAUUUCUUCACUUAGUGCUGAAAUGCUCUAUACUGUGGCUGCACAUCUUCACCUCGUACCGGCCGUUCAGGAAUCUGAGGACUGGAAGCCUGAUCCACUCUACACAAGAGAGUUCCUACUGGAGAUGUUGAUUUGGCGCAAUGAGCGGCGACUCUCGCAGCUGGAUGCUCUGAACAUUAUGCCACUCUAUCCUACAGAGGAGAUCCUGUGGGACGAGAACUUAGUACCAUCUGAAUAUUCAACUGGCGGCAUCCUUGCACUGCCAAAGCUGAAUCUGCAGUACCUGACCAUGCACGACUAUCUCCUGCGCAAUCUCAAUCUGUUCCGCCUGGAGUCAACUUAUGAGAUUCGCAGUGACAUUGAGAACAGCGUGUCAAGGAUGAGACCAUGGGUGAUGGAAGAUGGCUCGACUGGAUUUGGCGGCUGGGCAAGAAUGGCACAGCCGCUCCUCGAGUUUUCAGUGGUGGAGGUAGCCUCACCGGAGCUGGGACUCAAGGCUCCACGCCGUGUGCUCGCUGACUUCUCCGUGCAACUCAAUCUGCGACCAGAGGUGAAGCAAGAAUGGGAAAAUCUGCGUAAGCACGACGUGCUCUUUCUCGUCUGUGUUCAGCCGACCAGUAGGGUUAUGCCCAAGGGUCACAUGCGCAGGGCCAAGAACGUGCCAUUUGUUGAGCAGUAUGGUAUCAAGUACAUACGUGGAUGUGAAAUUGAAGGCCUGCUGGAUGAAGAAGGGCAUGUCAUCGAGGAAGGUCAGGAGAAGCCUGCCUUCAAGUCAAGCAAGAGAACGUUCCGCGUUGCACUCGACACGAACCAGUACCAUGCCGAUUACGAGCACAUGCGUGGCCAGUCGCAGGACACUGAGGAUAUCUACUCCUCGUUCAACGUCAUCAUGAGACGGAAGCCAAAAGAGAACAACUUCAAGGCUGUGUUGGAGACUAUCCGUGACUUGAUGAACACGCGUGCAGUGGUCCCGGAAUGGCUACACGACAUUUUCCUCGGCUACGGUGACCCCGGACAGGCAGACUACUCACACGAGCUGAUGCAAGACCGCUACUUGCAGCGGCUGGAUUUCAAGGACACCUUCCUUAGCAUGAAGCAUCUGCAGAGCAGCUUCAAGGACUAUGAGAUUGACUGCUCAACGAGUGAAGCAAGUUUGCAGCGGCCACCGUUUCGACUUUCGUUACCGGCAGUCGGUGCCAAGGACAAGACGAUCAGUGUCGAGCCGUACCAGCUGCCCAACCGUGGGCCUUAUCCUUACAACAAGCCAAAGCUUAACACUGUGCCGUUUACACCCACCCAGACCAAGGCUAUCCUAUCUGGCAUGCAGCCAGGCUUGACAGUGGUGGUUGGACCUCCAGGUACAGGCAAGACUGACGUAGCUGUCCAGAUCAUCUCCAACCUGUAUCACAACUUCCCGGACCAGCGGACGCUCAUUGUCACUCACUCCAAUCAGGCUUUGAAUCAGAUCUUUGAGAAGAUCAUGGUUUUGGACAUUGAGGAGAGACAUUUGCUUCGUCUUGGUCACGGUGAAGAAGAGCUGGAAACUGACAAGGACUUCAGUCGAUAUGGUCGUGUGAACUUCAUCCUGCAACAACGACAAGAGCUUCUGGACGAGGUGCAGCGUCUCCAGGAGAGCAUCAAUGUUGGCGGUGACUUCUCCUACACGUGUGAGACGGCAGGACAUUUCUUCCUCUAUCAGAUCGUGGCAAGAUGGGAAGCCUACAUGAGCAAGAUCAAGUCCAGCAAACUGGUGGAAGACAUUGCUAGUCACUUCCCGUUCAAGACGUACUUUGCUAAUGCCCCACAGCCUGUUUUCCAAGGCAAGUCAUACGAUGAGGAUCUGGACAUUGCUGAGGGUUGUUUCCGGCAUAUCAAGAAGAUCUUCCGGCAGCUCGAGGAGUUCCGUCCCCUGGAGUUGCUGCACCGUGGACGUGACCGUGUCAACUAUCUGCUGGUGAAAGAGGCACGCAUCAUUGCCAUGACUUGUACACACGCCGCUCUGCGACGUACUCAGCUUGUCAAGCUCGGCUUCAAGUAUGACAACGUGUUGAUGGAAGAAGCUGGUCAGAUCCUGGAAGUGGAGACGUUCAUUCCUCUCAUGUUGCAGAAUCCACUGGAUGGUCAUGAGCGACUGAAGCGUGUGAUUCUCAUUGGUGAUCACAAUCAGCUGCCACCAGUGAUCAAGAACAUGGCGUUUCAGAAGUACUCCAACAUGGAGCAGUCGCUGUUCACACGUUUUGUGCGUCUAGGUGUACCGUACAUUGAGCUGGAUGCUCAGGGUCGUGCUCGACCAAGUCUGGCCCGUCUGUACAGCUGGCGAUACAAGAGCUUGGGUGACCUGCCACACGUUCUGCAGAAGAACGAGUUCCAGCUGGCCAAUCCUGGCUUCUGGUUUGAGUAUCAGCUGAUCAAUGUAGACGACUACAAUGGCAUUGGAGAGUCAGAGCCGGAUCCAUUCUUCUUCCAGAACUUGGCCGAAGCAGAGUACGUUGUUGCCACGUACAUGUACAUGAGACUGCAAGGCUAUCCGGCAGAACAGAUCUCUAUUCUCACUACCUACAACGGUCAGAAGCACUUGAUCCGUGAUGUCCUGUCUCAACGAUGUGCUGACAAUCCUGUGUUCGGUCUGCCCUCUAAGGUGACGACUGUAGAUCGAUUUCAAGGUCAGCAGAAUGAGUACAUACUGCUGUCGCUGGUGCGUACUAAGACGGUUGGUCACGUUCGUGAUAUUCGCCGUCUGGUGGUGGCCAUGUCGCGUGCUCGCCUUGGUCUCUACAUAUUUGGACGCGUUGCUCUCUUCAAGGACUGCUUUGAACUGGCGCCAGCGUUCAACAUUCUCACUCAGCGUCCCACUCGUCUUCAGCUGCUACCACAGGAAUCAUUCCCUCCGGCAAAGCCUCGACCUGUGCAUGUCAACCAACCCAAGGACGGUCCUCCAUUUGAGAUCGCUGACAUGUCGCAGAUGGCACACUACGUCACCGAGCUCUACCACAAGCGAAUGAGCCGUCACAAUAAGCCUGGCCCGGCGUCCAAAAAGCCCGCUGCCUCUGGCAAAAGCGGAUGAAUGCUCGUGGCCAACCAGGACUGGCGUGGCGAGAAUGCCACGGAGUUCAGUCUACACAUUCAUGUCAUGUUGAACAGUUAACGGUUUGCUACCGUUUUUU